CUGGUACUGGACGAGAAUGUGCGCGGGGUGAUCACCAUGAACGAAGAGUACGAGACAAGAUUCCUGUGCAACACCGCGAAGGAAUGGAAGCAAGCAGGAGUUGAGCAGCUACGGCUCAGCACAGUUGACAUGACUGGGGUCCCCACCUUGGCCAACCUCCACAGAGGAGUCCAGUUUGCUCUCAAGUACCAGUCAAUGGGCCAGUGUGUCUACGUGCAUUGUAAGGCUGGGCGAUCCAGAAGUGCCACAAUGGUGGCAGCAUAUCUGAUUCAGGUGCACAACUGGAGCCCAGAGGAAGCUAUAGAAGCUAUCGCCAAAAUCCGGACACACAUCUCCAUCAGGCCUAACCAGCUGCAAGUUCUCAAAGAGUUCCACAAGGAGAUUACUGCAAGAGCAGCAAAGAAUACUGAUAACUGAUAACAUCUCCCACACUGACAUUUCAAGACUAUGAAGUCUGUGGAUGACAAAGAACUUGGCUGUACCCAAGUAAAAAGUUUAAAGGACAAAGGGGCUUAAGCCAGGACAACACCCCGAAUAUGCUGAGUAAUAGAUAAUGUGCCUCCUUUGCCUUCCUUCCCUGAAAUAACACUGUCAGAUGGCUACAGAGAACAAGAUUGUCUGGCUAAAUCUUAUUUUCUUCGACAGGGUCAAGGAAAUAUUAAUUUUAACAGAAAUCAAUUAUGUAUCUGAUAUUUUGUGUAAUGGCACCAUAACAGAAGUUAAAUGCUAGAAAAGGAAAGAAUAAAUACUUAGAUCUGUUCUUUGUUACUGUCAGAAUCCCAAUUUCAAUUGUAUAACUUGGCAAAAUGCUUGCCAGCAUGUAUAAGGCUACGAGUUUGGUCCCUAGCACUUCCAAAAAUAAAAAUAACCCGUAUUUCCCUGA